GUUCUUGGAUGUAGUGUGAAUGGUAAGUGGAAGGUGAGGUCAAUGUCCCAGAGCCAUGGGCUUACUGUUAGUCGCAUUGAGUCACAGAGAACAUGAGAAUGCCAAAAAGCCGAACAUGCAUCGUACAGAGACGUGCGUGACGCUAAUCGGUCACAUUGGGGAUUUCCUAAUGCUCAGACUUACUUUCUGACUAUUAUUCAUUCACAUAAGUUAUUGAGUGUUGACUGUUACUCUCUUCUGCUUCUUAUCUUAGUUUAUAGCUGUUCAGCCUUGAAUCUAGCAAAGGUUUGGCUAAAUGGAGCCACUGCGUCUGAGAAAGUGACCAGAAAACCAUCUGUGAACCAGUCAACACGGAUGCUUAUGUCUGCAAACAUCAAUCUCAUAUGUGUGGUCUCUGCUCAGAUGAUCAUGCGGGUUUCCAAAGUGGUUAAAGCAUUGUAUGCUUAAUGUGAUUGGAUGAGAGGUUUGUAUCAUGCAGUAGGCUUUGUGUCUUUUCCAUUUUUCUAUUACUUUAUUACCGUCUUUUGAGCCUCUUAAUAAACACUGUUAGCUGCUUGUGAGCAAAUUCUCCAGCAGAAGAGGUAAAGAUGUGGUGCCACACAUGGGUGAACUUAGGAACCCCAAUCCACAUUUUUUCUCCUUUCCAGCUCGCAUCAUGUACCAAAUAAUCUGUUUUCUUGAUUGGGCUGGGUUAAGACACAUUGGGUAGAGAGAAAAAUAGGAGUAAAGCAUGUGGAAAAACACGAGACAACUAUUUUUUAUUUUAUUUUAUAGGUAUCCAUAGGAAUUGUUCUAUUUACAUAUAGUUUCCUUUUCUGAAUAUGUAGUGGCAUAUUCAGAUGUUAGUGCAUUUCCAAGAACAAAUCUAUGAUAUGCAUGCAUCUUCCGUAACGACUUCUUCAGUACAGUGUUGCGGUCAACCUGGAACUUAUUGCAUCUAGCAUAAGAUACAAGAGCAGGGUGCUCACAGGGUGCACAUUCAUACAAUAUGGGUAAAUUAAAGACAUAAAUAUUUAACCUGUUUUGGAUUAUGGGAGGAUUCCAGUGUACCCAAUGAAAACCUACUAAAAGACAGGGAGAACAUAUAGAAUGGAAGUGGUGCUGGGUGAGUGUGGAAAUAGAACAUGAACAAUGAAGGUAUGAAGCUACGCCCGUCCAUCCAACCUUUCAGGGUCGGGAAGCUACGUCCAUCUACUGUUACUAACAAAUAAACCGGAGAAAAUCCUUGGCUGCGGCUUAUGUUCAGUAUUUACGGUAAUAGGUGACAUCACUGUAACUUCCUGACCUGUCCGGAAGUAAACAAUAUAAAACAUUUAAUAUCAAGUUAGCUAUUUUGCACUGGACAAUAAAGGACUCCGUUAGCUACUAUCUUUCAUACGGACGAUAUUCUGACUAAACAGGCUCGCCUGGUGCGAUCCUCCGUUAAAAUGGCGAACUCUGCAGCCUUUCAAACACAGUUAGCUGCGAUCAUGGACAUUCUGGCCAAGGCAGCGGUAGCAGAAAUCAGCAAACUUGUGGACGACAACUACGCUGUGCUGCGCCUGGAAGUCUCCCGCAGUCAGAGCGAGAACGAGGCGCUGAGGAGGAAGCUGCUGCUGAUGGAGAGCGAGCUGCGGUCCCGGCGAGGGCGAUCUGCAGAAAGCGCAGAGGAAGAUCACUGCCCUUUAGACAACAGCUUUGGAAAGAACUGGAGCAUCAGUCUGUAUAGAGAUGACGAGUCUGCGGUUGCUGAGGAUGAUGGCACUAUACUGCAGUCCGUUACUUUGGGAUAUGAGGUGACGGACAAGGAAGUGGGGGACCAGGAACUUUUCAUUAAGGAGGAGAAGCCUGAUGAAGAUGCUUGGAAAAAUAACCCACAGAGUCUUCUGAAAAUACACGGGGAGGGAGCAGCGGAGUCUGAUCCACACGAAGGAGAGAGGCUUCCCCUUGAGCGUCCGCACUGCCAGCAGGUGUGUGACACCACAUCUGCCCCCGCAGAGGACACGCCGGUCCCACCACGCCCCCUAGCGGACAGCGUGGGGCCUGUAGAGAGCGCAGUGGAGCUCGCUGGACAUAGGUUUGCUGGGAAAGCCAGGCAGGGGAACAGCGCAGAGGCCAGGGAGUUUGAUCGCAGUGCGGGCCGGCCUCAGGGCACGGAGGCUGAGUACAAUCAGCUGUGGAAUAACUUUCCGCCGGGGGACAUGGACGCGCCGGUGGAGUUCACCGAUUGCGUGUAUGAAAAUGAAGCGUAUCCACAGAUCCUCCCAGCUCACAGGGAGCUUCAGCCCGGGCUUUCCCCGAUGGCGAGUCCUGGAAACUCUCUGCCCUCCUUCCACAAACAGUACAGUCAUGGGUUUGAUACCAUUUGUGUAAAAGAGGAGGCUAAAAUGGAGACCGUGUGCGGCAAGGAGACUCUACCUGGCUUAAAUCACAGUUUGUCUGGGGAGAAACGGUUCUCAAUGGGGGAGAACGUCUCCUUCGCAAGCGCACAGCAAAGCCAUGGUUCGUCAGAGCCGCAGCUGAGUGUGAUGCCAUGUGCCUCGGGACCGAGCUUAGAGGCACAAAGCACUGACGCAUAUGCCAUGGAUCACAACGGACUGAGCUCGGUUGUCAGGUCGAAAAACCUCUGGAGGCCGGACGCCGGGGAAAAGCUCUUCAUUUGCACGCACUGUGGGAAGAGUUUCAGCCGCCUGCCUUACCUGAAAAUACACCAGCGCAGUCACACGGGUGAGCGGCCGUUCAGUUGUGCGCAGUGUGGCAAGCGCUUCCACUGCUCCUCGCACCUGAAGAUACACCUGCGGACGCACACGGGGGAGCGGCCGUACAGGUGUGGCACCUGCGGGAAGUGCUUCACCCAGCAGAGCAGCCUGAAAACGCACCAGAGCGUCCACAGCGGCGAGCGGCCCUUCUGCUGCGGGCAGUGUGGCAAGACCUUCACACUGCUGCACCACCUCAAACGGCACAGGAUCAUCCACACCGGCGAAAGCUGAUCGCCUUAAUAACUUUUAAAAAACUUUCCCCAGAUGUCUGCUGCUGUUUUUUUUGCAUAAUGUGAUCACAACUUCUAGUACAUUAAAGGAGUCGGAAAUAGGA